AUGUCGGAUCCCCGCGCGCAGCCCGGUCUGCAGCGCUGCGCCCCCCGCAGCCAGGCCGAGCACCGAGCCCAGAAACGGGAGAGAGACCCGGAGACGACGAGAGGGCGACAAGAGGGCGACACCCAGGGCGAGCCCGACCGCGCCACGCCCACAGAGCCCGACCGCGCCACGCCCACAGAGCCCGCCCAAGCCACGCCCACAGAGCCCGCCCAUGCCACGCCCACAGAGCCCAACCGCGCCACGCCCACAGAGCCCGACCACGCCACGCCCACAGAGCCCGACCGCGCCACGCCCACAGAGCCCGACCAAGCCACGCCCACAGAGCCCGCCGCGCCACGCCCACAGAGCCCAACCGCGCCACGCCCACAGAGCCCGACCGCGCCACCCACAGAGCCCGCCGCGCCACGCCCACAGAGCCCCGCCGUGCCACGCCCACAGAGCCCGCCCAAGCCACGCCCACAGAGCCCGCCGCGCCACGCCCACAGAGCCCGCCACGCCACGCCCACAGAGCCCGACCGCGCCACGCCCACAGAGCCCGACCAAGCCACGCCCACAGAGCCCGCCGCGCCACGCCCACAGAGCCCAACCGCGCCACGCCCACAGAGCCCGACCGCGCCACGCCCACAGAGCCCGCCGCGCCACGCCCACAGAGCCCGCCGUGCCACGCCCACAGAGCCCGCCCAAGCCACGCCCACAGAGCCCGCCGCGCCACGCCCACAGAGCCCGCCGCGCUACGCCCACAGAGCCCGCCGUGCCACGCCCACAGAGCCCGCCCAAGCCACGCCCACAGCCCGCCCAAGCCACGCCCACAGAGCCCGACCGCGCCACGCCCACAGGGCCCGCCGCGCCACGCCCACAGAGCCCGCCGCGCCACGCCCACAGAGCCCGCCGCGCCACGCCCACAGAGCAGCCCAAGCCACGCCCACAGAGCCCGCCCAAGCCACGCCCACAGAGCCCGCCGCGCCACGCCCACAGAGCCCGCCCGCGCCACACCCACAGAGCCCACCCAAGCCACGCCCACAGAGCCCACCGCGCCACGCCCACAGAGCCCGCCCAAGCCACGCCCACAGAGCCCACCCAAGCCACGCCCACAGAGCCCGCCCAAGCCACGCCCACAGAGCCCGACCGCGCCACGCCCACAGAGCCCGCCGCGCCACGCCCACAGAGCCCGACCGCGCCACGCCCACAGAGCCCGACCAUGCCACGCCCACAGAGCCCACCCAAGCCACGCCCACAGAGCCCGCCCAUGCCACGCCCACAGAGCCCGACCGCGCCACGCCCACGGAGCCCGCCAAGCCACGCCCACAGAGCACGCCCAAGCCACGCCCACAGAGCACGCCCAAGCCACGCCCACGGAGCCCACCCGCGCCACGCCCACAGAGCCCGACCGCGCCACGCCCACAGAGCACGCCCAAGCCACGCCCACAGAGCACGCCCAAGCCACGCCCACGGAGCCCACCCGCGCCACGCCCACAGAGCCCGCCCCCGUCGGAGCGGCCGCAGCGUCUGGAGAGCGGGCGGCGGCGCCCCGCACGGGGCUGGGCGCGCUGUCUGCGGGCUCACAGGCCGCGGGCUCGGCAGGAGGCGCGCGGUCUCCGGGAAGGAGAAGCGCUGGCCUGCCCGGGGCGCGCUGCCGCCCGUCGGUCGCCCGCCUUGGGCUCCUCCCGGCCGCUCCCUGCGCUCCCGCCGCCCCUCGGGACGCUCCCCGUGCCGCCCUGCCCCACGAAGAGCUGGGCGUCACACCCGCCGCGCAGUGAGCCCUCCGGAACGUCCCGGUGCCCCGUGCCCGGGCGGGAGGCGGGCGUGCCGUCCGUGCCCCCCGGGCUCCGCCGGGGCCGCUCCCCUCCGCCUGGACUCCGAGCUCGGGCCGGGCCCCAGAACCGGGCGCUGAAGCUCCGGCCCGGUGUCCCCUUCUCCAGUCGGGGAGGCUCUGCGCCCCGCGGCUGCUCGGCCCUCUCGUGCUCCAGGAUUCCCGUGGUCCGCGAUGACCCAGCCCCAGUGCGGUGCCUUCCCGUGUCCCGGGGGUCCGGUGCCCGCCGAGAGCCCACGGCGGCCCGGGCCCCGAACCCAGCAGAGCCGCCCCAGGCCCUCAGGAGAAGCCCCGGACGGUGCAGGUGGCCCGGCCCGCAGAGGGGGGGCCGGGAGCCGGCGGGGACCCUGGCGGCCCCGCACUCCCCCCCGCCGCUCUCCCCGACCUCCCCACGCCACCUCACGGACACGCGGCGACGGUGCGCGCCAUGCUACCCGCGACUGGUGGUCGAAGGGGCGUCCGUGUCACGAAGCCAGCUUUCCCGGUCCUUUGUCCUCCUU